AUGAUUCAGCAAAACAUUGGAUUUUUUGUGAAUUGGUGGAAUUCAAAAGUAUUGAGCUGUAGGUUGGCUUAUCCACUUGUAGUGCGCAUCAACUCUGGAUCUGUAAUCUACAUAUUUAUGACAGCGUCUCAUUUUGAUUGCAAACCGAUAAGACCAGAUGGCGUUGAGCCAGAUUCUGCCAUCAACUCAGUAAAUGCACCAUUUGUAGCCAACAACUCCAUGCUGUCUGCUCCUGCUUCUGCCAUUAAUGCACCAACAUCUAAACUAAAAGCGAAUGUCACUACGAAUCGGUCGAUGCGUUCUUUGCCUCCAAAAGUUCCCGGCUCAGCAAAGUUUCUGCUGGAACUUCGAGUCGAUGCAGUCUAUUGGCAGAGUGUAGGGCCAGAUUCAGCGCAUGCAUUGGCCAUGCCUGGCUCUCGGCCCGGGAAAAAUACUACUUUCGACACCAAUUCAACUACUGCGAGUAACACUACGUUAAAAGCUACAACUGGUACAUUCAUACCAAAGAGGAGCCAUACUGCCUUCUCUCAUCGUCCUUUGAGUCGGUCGCGUUCAUCAGGAUUUGGUCAUGACGAUACUGUCGUGAGAGUGCGUUGGUGGGGAGCUGAUUCGACAGAUCUGCUGUAUCCGCCAUCAUGUAUCGGACAGCCUGGUGCACAAUUUUCACUUUCCAAGCCAUACGAUCAUUCUGCAUUGCAAGUCUCUUUUGGCCACCAACUAGGUGCAUUGAGCUCUCCAAAAUCUGUCAGCACCAUGACAUAUCAAAUCCUUUGCUCGCAUCGGCAGUUCAACACAUACUUGGCUGAUAUGGGGUCUUUGGAACUUGAAAUAAUUCGCAAUGCCAGAUCUACUGGGUAUGUAUCUGUCAAAGAUUUGCCCUCUAUUCUUGCUAAUCCAGCCAAAUCUUUUAAUGGAAUACUUCCUAUUCACUCGCGACGAGGUGCUCAUCGAAAUAUGCAGUUGGGACUUGCUCAAGUCUCGUUAGCAAUUCUUUCUCUUCCUACUCAUACUACUCCGAGUUCACAUGGAACUACAAAGCUUGCUGGAUUGGCCGGAUCUUUACUACCCCAAACUGAUAUACAUUCAAAACCAUCUAAAUUCGCCAUGACCCAAGGCAUGAAUGCUCAUGAUACACCUGCUGGUUCCGAUAAUUUUAAAUACAAAUCAUCAGAUUCUAAUUUUGGAUCAGUACCAGAAAAUGUGGAUCAAAUCCCGUUAUCCCUUUCCAAUACAGAUCUAGCAUUUUCAACCCAAUCAAUAUUUCCAGAUAUGCAUGAUCAAAGUCAACCUGAAAAUACUCAUCCUAUAGCUCAAAAUCAUAUAUUCAAACAAUCUCUGGAUGAAAAUUCACAAAGUUUCAAUAGCCAUUUGCAAUCAAAACCAUCAGAAUUGAGCAACCCUGGGCUUUUAGACAAUAUCGAGCAGAUAGCAUUACGGUUAAAAAAUUCAAUAGAUCUUGCACUACCUUCUACAAGUACCAUUGAGUCCAGACCUGUGUACAAUAAGAUGCAUGCAACAGAGCGAGAACCAAAAAGUGCUAUAAUCGAUGAUAACAUGACUGACAAUGGCAAAGCUGAUUUUGUAAAAAAUGUAGCCAGAGAUGCUGUUGAUUUGGAGAAUGUUAGCCACUUGGAAUCUGCUUUUGAUCUUGACUCCUAUGCCAGUGAUGAAAGUAUAGACCGUAUUUUAACAGAUCACUAUGUUAUCGAGGCAUUAAAGUCUGAAGCUGGCCAUCAGCUAUUAGAUCGAGACGGUGUUUUGGUUAUUGACGACGAUUCAUAUCAACUUAGUACUGAUGCAAGUCGCACUAGUUCCAUCAGUGAAAAGUUUAGUGAUGACGAGAGCAUUGAUAAAAACCUUUUACACACGCUAAACUUCAAACUUGCUGAUGCUUCUGAUGCAAACAUGCCAUCUCGUCAGAAUAUGUCUAUCCGUAACUCUUCCAAUCUACUUCACAAAAAGAUUCAGGAUUCUCAUUCGUGCCGCAUCAAUUUUACAUCACUUUCACUCAAUCCGUCAAAGCUGAUGCCAGAUGUUGUUUGGCUCGAGUAUACGCUUCCCUCAUUCAAUGGUGAAACUCCUUUGCAAGGAAGAUUACGAUUUCAGCCAAACGCUACUAUUACGAAAACAUCUGGAACCCAAUUUGCAAAAAAGUCUAUAGCGAAUCGAUCUGAUUUUGUUAAAAACCCUGUAAUGUACACAACACAAGAGUCUAUUUCGAUACCAAUCCAGUUUAACGACACGCAAUCAAUUAUUGCAUUAUCUGAUGAACUUUGCCAAUUCAAAAUGACAGGUCUGAUGUCGAAAGGAACAGGCAAAUAUGUUCCAGUGUCUAGAUAUUCCACAUCUAAUAGAGGAAAUCGAGAUAAUUUGCUGGGUAGUGCUAGCCAGCUAUGGACUGCAACUGGUAUUCUUAAAUGCAAAGAAUUUUUGCUUUCAAAACAACUAGACUGGCAAGGUAAAGUGGAUUUUUGGGGAACUGAUAUAUCCAAACUUCCUCAGCCAGUAAAUGGGGCAGCAAAAUCCACACUUUCAAGCUCUUUAAACAAGAUAUCUUCUCAGCCUAAUUCUACUUCGCAGCGGAUUGGUGACUUGGCUAUAGCCAUUGAUUUCUAUACCAGUCCUAUAGUUGACACCAAUGAUACGCGUUUAUCGCACCAUAUACCAAAUAGCGAUCUUCUACCACCAAACAUGAAUUCAUCAUCCAAUGUGCCUAGAUCAUCUCAGCUUAAUUUAUCCAAUCAGAAAAGUAAAUCACCACUAGUAGCACCUGAUAAACAUGGUAUAUCUACUGUACAGCCCAUGUACUUGCACCUACAGAUGAAAUCUGCACAUGUAUUAGAGAUUCGGCCACUAAAAGAAUCGCACUCCACCUUUUUAUAUCUUGUCAUACGAUUGUUUUCAUCUUCUACACCUCCCAUUCAAACUGCUCCAAUUGCAUAUACGCCUUCGUCUAACGCAGCAUCACGCUCUCCAAAUGACUCUAUCGAUUUUCAUUUUUCAACAACGAUGCCACUCGCACUUUCCGAAGAGUUUUUAAAAACCAAAACACAGUCUCCAAUCGUUGUUGAAAUUCAUUCGAUCGAUGUUUCUGACUGUGUUGGUUUAGUUUGGUCACCGGAGAUGCACGAUAGAAGCUCGACGACUCUACUUGGACUGGUUCUCUUACCAUUUCCACAAUUGAUUGCUUCUGUAGUUUCAUCGUAUGCCUACCUGAACUCUAUUAAUUCAGAAUCGGUUGAUAGCAAAAUGCCUGUUCUUAUACCAGAUACUGAAUAUGCUAUUCGUGAUCCGUUUUCAGGAACAUCAAAGGGAUGGAUCACUGGCUUUCUUGCGGCUGGAACUUGGAGUCAAAUUGAAAAUGUAAGGUAUACACAGUUUGGCGUAUCUACGGGAAUUGACAAAUCUGAUGUACGUCUCACUUUGCCAUCUAGCGAGCAGUCCAGUGGUGCAGAUGUUGAGAAUGUUGUUCAUCUGCAAUCCCCUGUUUUUGAAAAUAUUAUACGGCCAACAGAGUCCUAUCAUAACUCAAAUCCACAGGAUAUUGCCCAAAAAGAUUUUUCAGAUGAUAGCUAUCACGCUCAUUUAGACAAAGUGGAGGCUUGUGAGAUUACCCCUGCGGAGUGUUGCAUUCAAGUGUGUAUUCAUCGUGCUUGUGGUAUUCUUGGUCUGAUCAAAACUCUUUCAGAUAACAUGUCUGGACUUGAUCGCGAGACUCUUGAUUAUAUAAAGCAAGUUGGUGCAAAUGUGUUUAUCACAUUAACACUUUUUCCAGAUUACAGUCUAGAUAAUCCUGAUUUUAGCAUAACGGAUGCUAUAUACGAUCCAUCAACGAUACGCACGCCAUUAAUUGUUCAGUCCUUUGCUCCCGUGUUUUCACAUCAAGUGGAGCUAACUAUUCGGGGCUUAGAUACAGAUUUGAUAUCGUGGAUCCGAAAUAAUGGUACUGCUAGUGGAAAGAUAUGGCACUGUGUUUCAGGCGAUAUGUCUGAUUUGGAUAUAUCUACUAGUAUUUUAUUGGGAGAGUUUACAGUUCCACUAGAAGCAUUGUUGCUACGACCGAGUGGAGUGCAUGACGAAUGGAUGCCUGCCUAUCCUGCAUACAAGCAAUCCACUUCAAGUAGUGAUUUUGGCUUGGAUCGUCUCACUAGUGAAUUGCAAAAAAAGAUUGUUGCUGCCGUUCAGGUAUCAGUGCGAUUCCAAAGCGGAAUGGAAUUGGGAGAGUUUACGAAUUCGUUACUAACUCGAGAUUUUUCCAGUAAAUCUCUUGGUUCAGAACCAUUUUUGUCUGCAACCCUUACUCCGUUAAAACUAUCAAUCGAUGUUUCACAUGUAGUCAUACCAACUACCAGUACCACUUUGAAAAGCAUGAAUGAUAUAGGUCAUACCAAGUUGUUGAUCAAAUGGAAAUAUCCAGUUGUUGAUGGUUUGGAAUCAAGUGAGUCUGAAAUUGUUUGGAAAACCGAAAAAUCUGAACCAGCAAGCCGAGAUCCAAAAGGUAUUGACGGUUCAUGGAAACUGGACUACCACAAGUCGAUCGUACUCAAACUAUCACGUGAGAUGUAUUUGCAUUUUCGAGAUAAUCUAUGGGAGGUGCAGGUAGUGACGGUUGAUGAUCAUGGGCAUGAAUCCCAGAUCGGAUCUGCGUGGGUAGAUUUUUUCCCUUUGAUAAAUCAAGCCAAAAUUGCUCAUAGAUCAGGACGAAAAGCAACUCGGGAUCGUUUAAUGCGAAACAAAUCUCAACUAAAUGAUAAGGAUGAUAUGCAAAAGAAACCUUUUGAGCAUAACUCCACUUUUUUCAAGUCAGUACCACUUAUCCAAGCGGAUAGUGUAGAUUUGAAAGGAGCUGCAAUUCAAUUGCAAUUAAAGUUUGAUGUGAUUGGUAGCUCUAAAUUGUUUGAAACUGCUCGCAAAGAUCGCGUUGCGUUUGCAUCAUCCACUCAAAAGAUUGUGGCCUCCAGCUCCCCUCCGACUGAUGCACAUGAGUAUGCCAUUAAUCGAGAGUUUAAACCGUCAUCCAAAAGUCUUCCCAUUGCGUCGAUUGAUCAGUCUUCCUCUGUAUUGGAAAAGCUGCCUACUUUGAAUUUAGUCGUAUCAGUUGAACGAGCGACACAUCUUCCACUUAUGAAUGAUCCAUUUGCCGACUCGAUGGUUUCUCCUUUUGUCAAAGUAUCGGAAACUCAAACUAUUCCACCAAACUCGUUUGUUUCUUUUUCCUGGCCUGUAGAUCCACACCAACCAGAAACCGAAAAGACUCACUUUCAAUCCCGAGUGGUUGGUGCGUUGACCAAUCCUUUGUGGCAUUAUCAAGCUUCGAUUGCAGUAUCACGAACAGAACGUGCCUUGUCAAAUUUGAAACUAGAUGGAAACAUUGAUUUCUAUGUUUAUCACAUCCCAAAUUUCAAUGUUGCACGAGAUGGUAAUAGCGAUAUAAAAGCUGGUUUAGAUGUCAAAAAAGAACUGAUUGGCAUUUCACGGGUUGCAUUCAGACCACUGUUUGGCGGAAUGCGGGAAAUUCAUGGUUGGUAUCCACUCAAGAAUGUAGAUGGAUCUACUUGUGGGCAACUUAUGGUUCGUAUUUCUCCUGCAGAAUGUCCACUACAAGCGCUUAAAGAACUUUCGCUGCCAGUCGAGUCCCUACAAUCGCAGCCGAUAAAUAGCAAAAUACUAAGCAAAGUGCAGAAUAGGCAACGACGUAGUCAUCAUACACAACUGAUUCCAUCUGCAGCAAUCGCGAUUGCUCCACCUCAUUCACUUUGUAAAACUGAUGUACUACGAUCUACUGGACCGGCUGAUGCAAACGAGUUUCUUGCAGCUGCAGUCUCGGCAGCUGCAGCAAAGGAGUGUAAUACUGAGCAACCCAUUCAAAAUGUCGAUACAUGGGUAUGGACGGGUACAAAAUGGGAACAUCGACAAGUCUCUGUUCAGUCUCAGCCGAAACUCACCAACCAAGCAGUAUCGCUGCCAUCUGAUCAUCCAUCAACACAUGCAUCUGUACCAGCUUCCACUUUGUUAAACAACAAGGAAAUGCGCCAAGCUUGCCAAAAAAUAGACGACUGUAAACCCAGCCGAGCACCGCUAAAGAAAACAUUGACUGAAACCAUGCAAGAGCUAGAUCGGCUACGCGAAUCCAUGUCUGCGCGAAUGGUCAAACUUGCUGAGCCACAAUCUGAGGUACAUGCUUCACACGCACCUUUAAAUUCAUCAUUGAUUCAAAACUCGGCAACAGCUGCUAUAAACUCAUUGGCAGUAUCUCCUGCUUUGGAAAGCAAAUCCAUAUGUGAUGAGAUUCCUCAGACCGUGCUCACUGCUGCAAAUACUUUGGUUUCAAACACAAGACUUGAUACUGAACAAAAUCAAUUGAAUAAUACGCAUGAUUCAAUAUCAUUACCAGCUCGCUCUGCUUCCCCAGCCUCCUCUUUAUUGAUUUCGAAAUUUAAAACUUCAAGUAUAACGCACGAUGCUAUACCAAGUAUUGACAUUCAAAACCCCAUGUAUACACGGCAAGACGCUAAUGUACCGCUGCAAGCGUCAUGUAGUAACUGUAAUCAAUGUGCCAUUAGCCCAUCAUCAGCAUAUCCCAAGAUAUCUCAUCGGUAUCCUAAAAAAAGCUUAAAUAUUGGUGAUUUGACUUUUUCUGAUGAAGAUACUAUAAAACUGUUACAAUCUGCACUCAGCAACUAUAGUUCUGUAGAUGGUCCGACAGUCUCGUCAGCAAUAGAUGUUUUGGAUCUUGGUUCCGAGCAUAUUUUUGAUAUGGAUCCAAACGUAUUUAGCGAUUUCCAAAAUACUGAGAACCAUCUAAUACACGAACUCGAUUCUGUUGAUAAGCUACCAACUGAAAAAGCUGUGGAUUCAGAAAUGGCAACACAUCAUUUGGAGAACACUAUUCAGCCCGAUGCAGUUGAAAAGGACGAUCAUGAGGAUAACAUUGGUGAAAUUGUUGGUCGGAAGCUUUAUAGUCUGACUCUUGAUGAAGCCAAAAUCAAUGCUACACUUGUCACUCAGCAAACCAGAUCUCAAUCAGAUGAUGAACAAGUUGAUAAGCCAUUACAAUACGCCUUGGACGCAUACAACUCAAGAAAAUCUACUUUUGUUUUACAUCCUCAAUGGAAAAGCCUUCAUGAUAAUACUGCCUCCCAAUUGUCAGUCUCAUCAGCCUUGUCAAAUCUGGCUCGUGAAAAGGAAAAUGCUAUUGAUAAUACUUUGAUUUCUGAGGUAGUUCCUCCAGCUCCUACAUUAGAUUCCGACACUGCUCGCCUUGCGACUCAACCGCCUCCCGUUACUACACGAAUGGAAGAAGUAAUUCUAUCUCUUUCACAAUCAUCGAUUGAGCGCAUGACACAAGUAUUCCAUAAAUCAACUCUUUCUGAUCCUUCGAGUCUAGAUUAA